AUGGACAACCGUGACACUUUACUCAGAACAAUAGCAUCGUUCCCUCUGAUUGACAAUCACGCGCACAAUCUCUUGACCGCUGACACAAUUUUAUCUUGUCCGCUGGAGGUUUGUUUCUCAGAGGCACGCGGAGAAGCAUUGAAGGAUGCGAUUCAAACAAGUUCCCUGAAGCAAGGAGUGCGAAUUCUUGCCAAGCUUUAUAGGUGCGCCCCGUCCUGGGAGGAAAUUAAGCGAGUGAGAGAUACCAUGCCGUAUGACGAUUUGUGUAAAAUCAGCUUUGAAACGACAGGCAUUCAAAGCCUGCUUUUGGAUGACGGGAUUUAUGAUUUGGGCGCACUCAGGGAUAUUAAGAGUCACUUGGGAUUGGUCGAAGACGUCCGAAGAAUUUUAAGGAUCGAGAGUGUUGCCGAGUCAAUACUCCGUGGUUUGGUUGAAUCAAUAAAUAAGUCCAAUGAGAGUGUGAUAAGCUUUGCAGCAUUCGAGGGGCCAUUAAGAAAUCAACUUAAAUCCCUUGCUAAUUCCAAGGAGGUUGUGGCAUUCAAGAGUAUUGCCGCGUAUCGAUCGGGGUUGAACAUUAAUUGCAACCUUACUAACGAAGAAGUCGCUAUCUCAUUGGGCAAUUUCAUCAGAAGUUCCACGUCAUCCACCAAUGAACAAGUGAAUAUUAGGCUCGCCGAAAAAGUGCUUAUUGAUCAUGUAGUAAAUGUGGCCGUUGAUGUCGCUCUUGAAAGUGGCAUACCAAUUCAAUUUCACACGGGAUUAGGAGAUAACGAUCUCGAUCUUUUAUAUUCAAAUCCUCUUCACCUUCGUCCCUUGAUUGAAAAGUACAAGGAUGUCAAAAUCGUUCUUUUGCACGCAUCGUACCCAUACACUCGUCAGGCUGCAUAUCUUGCGUCCGUUUACGCGAACGUUUACGUCGAUGUCGGACUCGUCAAUUCCUUAAUCUCGUCAUCUGGUCAGCAAGCAACCUUACGGGAACUGGCUUUGUUGGAAUACGUGGAUAACGGAGAUUUCACAGUUGAUGAGGCUAUGGAUGUCGUCAAGCAAAAUAAGGGUGUCAAGUUAGUGCGCGUUGGUUAUCUGGACAAUUCGAGUCAGCUUCGAUUCCAUAUCGUUCCGAUAAACCGAUUUCGAGAUUACGUCGCUCCCAACGGGUUGACGUCCCUUCGAGCUCUUACCGCCUUACCAUACUUUGCGGAUGUCGUUCCAAAAGACACCGGUGUUAGUGCAUCUGGAGAGUGCAUAAUCAAACCUGACCUCAAUACGCUGUUACAAUUGCCCUAUUAUCCUGAGCAUUCUAUUGUCCUAUGUUUCUUUGAAAAUAAGUGGACUCCUGUGGAUCCUGAAUAUGGAAAACCAUACCUCACAGAAGAUUCCAAGUAUUUCGCACUGUGCCCUCGAAACUGUCUUCGUAGAAUUGUCAACGCGGCACGGCAGGAUUUUAGAAUCGGCUUUUUAGCUGGCUGUGAAUCUGAAUUUGUCUUGCUCAAGACAAAUCAAGGUUCCGAAAAGCCAGUUCCAGUUGACGAAACGCUGUACCUUGUUGCUGCGUCUUUCCGGGGAACCAGCUCGGCAGCUGUAAUAGACAAGAUUGUCGAUUCAUUGUCGCAACUGAACAUCGUUGUCGAGCAAUGCCAUUCUGAAUCUGCGUAUGGUCAAUUUGAAGUGGUCACUGGACCGUCAACCCCUCUGACCACUGCAGACAAUUGUGUUCUAACUCGUAAUACGAUUUACGAUGUCGCCUCACAGUUUGGUUUGAAAGCAACAUUUGUUUCGAAACCCUUUGAUAACCAAGCCGGAACCGGAGCGCACCUGCACAUCUCUUUCCACGAUAUUGAUAAGUCCGAGAAAGAAAAUGAUGGGCACCUUACAGGAUUAUCCCCAUACGAGAGAUCAUUCAUUGCUGGCGUGCUUCAUCACAUCAAAGCAAUAUGUGCUUUUGCUUUACCCACAGUUCAUUCUUACACACGGACCGUUGAUCAUUGUUGGGCUGGUUCGUGGAUUUGUUGGGGCGUUGAGAAUCGGGAAACACCCAUAAGAGUUUGUUACCGGCCCAAGAAAAGUUCUAAUGGAGAAACCACCUUUGAAGUUAAUUUCGAGCACAAGUUCGUUGACGCCACUUCCAAUCCGUACCUGGUUAUGUCUGCCAUUAUUGCCGCAGGUCUGGACGGAAUGAAAAAGAAAAUGGAACUCAAUACUCCUCCCUGCUUAGACGAUCCUGCCUCGUUGACUGAAAAGGAACGUAAGGAUCUGGGUAUCGUCGAACGUAUGCCGAGAAGUCUUCGUGAAACUUUGGACGCGUUAAAAAACGACAAAGCACUUAUUGAAGCUUUAGGGGAACCUAUCGUUCGAUGUUAUGUUGGCGUAAAAGAGACAACUUUAUCGCUCGAGGACAGUCAUCCAACUUAUAUUACCCCGGCACCAUACGUAUUUGGUGUCUGGGGUCUUAUCCAUCUCCUGCUGUUAGGAUUCAUCAUCUACCAAUUCUUCCCGAAAGCGGACACUGUUGUCGUGAAUGGGAUACAUUGGCACUUUCUGUUUAUCGCAUUGCUGAUUUCCUUGAGUCAAUCUUUGUAUGACUCUGAUUACCUUAUCAUCGCGUGGAUCAUCCUUCUCAUCGCCACCGUUCAAGCUUCGCACGUCUAUUUCAUUCUUAAAAAUCGGUAUCCGUCCGAUUCGACCGCCGAAAUGAUCUUUAUCCAUUUCCCAUUUUCCCUGCUUCACGCGUGGACUGUCGUCUUAUCCGUGAUUGGUCUUUUCGCCGCCUUUACGAGUAAGGAAGAAGGAGAAUCACCGGGCAUCUUUGUUCAAAUCCUUGUUGCGGUAGGCCUAAUAUUCCUGGAAGUUACCGCGGUUGGUUACAUUGAAAAGUUCAAGGGCGACAUUGCUGGAGCAAUCGUCAUCGAUUGGGCCCUGUAUGGUGUCGCCGUCGAGCAAGAUGAUACAUUUAUUCGUUUUGUUGCCAUUAUAUUAGCUGUCAUCACAACAUUGCAUAUCUUAAAGGCACUAAUCUACGAUAGAUUUAUAAAGAAAGAACGCGCUCCCCCUAAGCUCGUGGUGUAA